GUGAUAUUGAACAGAAAUGGGCCGUAAGAUUCCUGGUAAAAAACACAGAGGAGUAAAGGAUCCGGAAAAACAGCAAGCCAAACGUCUAGCUGCAGUUGAAUCAGUGAUCAAUGCUCCUCCAAAAAAUAUUGACCAUCAAGAUAUUCCAAAAAGCUUGGAACGCGUGAUUAAAUUAAAAAAUGCAGUCAAAGAUGGUAACAUAGGAAAGAAACAGAAGAAGAAGAAAACAAAGAGUGCCAAAAAACUCAUUCAACUUGGCGCUGAACAAAUAAAUUACAAAUUACCUGCUCCCAAGGCAAGACCAGAAAAAGUUGUUCCAUUAUUUAAUCAAAAACCUGGUGAAAAUAAAUAUAAAUUUUGGGAUAGAGUGAAUCAAGAAACACAGGCAUUCAUUAAAGAGACUGAAUUUGAACUCAAGUAUAAUAUUGAAGUUAAGCGUAAUGCAGCUACCGGUGAAUUGGAAGGUCUCCGGAUGAAAUCAAAGGAAGAGUUAGAUCAAAUAGCAAUAGAAAAAUUACAAGAAAAACAUUCAAAUAUCAAAAGGAAAAAGAAAAAAGACAAAGACGGAGAAGUUAAAGUUAAAUUGAGCAGUGGUCAGAAAAGGAAACAAAGGCUUCUGGAGAAAAAAAAUAAAAAACUAGAAGAUAAUGCUGAUGAUUUCCAGAAAUAUGAAGACAAAGUUGAAUUUGGUGAAGUAGCUAUGGCACCGCCAAAAUUAAGUCUUCCAAGAAAAGCAAUAAAAACCAAUAACAAGGUAUGUGAAUAUUAA